AUGGACUUCAUCAGUGGACAACUGGCCAGUAUCUGUCACGUGGUGGCCAUGCCCUAUCCAGGUCGGGGUCACAUAAACACCAUGAUGUACCUCUGCAAGUUACUAGCUUCACAAGAAACUGACAUUCUCAUCACCUUAGUCCUCACGGAAGAGUGUUUAGGCUUCAUAGGCUCUGAAGACAAGCUGGACAACAUUCGGUUUGCCACAAUUCCCAAUGUUCUCCCAUCAGAGCUGGUCCAUGCUGCCGACAUGAAUGCCUUCAUUGAAGCUGCCUUAUCCAGAAUGGAAAUCCCAUUUGAUCAGCUCUUGGAUCAGCUCAAGCCACUGCCUACUUUGAUAGUGGCUGACACUUUCCUGCCUUGGGCAGUCAGUGUUGGAAAUCGAAGAAAUAUCCAAGUAGCAUCGUUUUGGCCGAUGUCCGCAUCCAUUUUCUCUGUGUUCCAAUAUUUUCAUCUUUUUGCCCAAAAUGGGCACUUCCCAGUUGACUUGAUAGAUGAGGGCAAUGAAUGUGUGGACUACAUCCCAGGAGUUUCUUGUACAAGAUUGGCAGACCUUACUAAUUUCAUCGAUGGAAGCAAACCAUAUAUGCUGGGAAACAUCAUUGAAGAUUUUUCUUGGGUCCCCAAAGUACAAUAUCUCUUGCUUGCUUCUAUCUAUGAGCUUGAAACUACAGUCAUUGACAUUUUAAGAUUAGAAUUUUCACUGCCUGUUUAUACAAUUGGUCCAUUGAUACCUCACUUCAAAGCUAAUGACCCUCCUAGUAGUGGUCUAGACUAUCUAGAAUGGCUAAAUUCUCAAACUUUUUGCUGUGUCUUGUACAUCUCAAUGGGAAGCUUUCUUUCAGUCUCUUGUGCCCAAAUGGAUGAGAUUGCAGCCGGUUUGUGCAAGAGCAGUGUUCGAUUCUUUUGGGUAGCUCGUGGUGAAACCGGUAGGUUACGAGAGGUUUGUGGUGAUAAGGGGUUAGUAGUGCCCUGGUGUGACCAAUUGUGA